UCUGGAGUCAGUGCUGGGACAGAGCAGCUGCUGCACCGUGGCCCCAUGAGCCAGACUCUGCUCCAGAUCCUGGUGCUCGGCCCAGAGGCCUCUGGGAAAUCGACCAUGACUAGACACCUGCUCUGCAAAGGGGGUGACAGCUGGAAGCGUCUGGAGAAACCCCAGAGAGAGACAGGGAGGAGCCCCCCCACACAUGCCCGGGUGCUGGACAGGCCGAGAGCAGAGCAGCGGCAGGGCGCAGCCCCCAGUCACCUCCUGCAGCACUUCAAGACCCCAAAGUACGAGGUCAUCGUUGUCGAUUCCCUGGAGCCUGGGGGGCUGCCCGGUAACCCGUUCCCAGGCAGCGCUCCGGCCGGCGCUGCCGUGCUGCUGGUCCCUGCGGCCGGGGGACAGCGUGAGGCUGGCUGCGCUGUCACCUGCCAGCAGGUCCUCUUGGCCUGCAACCUGCCGGCCAAGCAGCUCGUCGUCUGUGUGAACAAGAUGGAUGCCACGCAGCCUCCCUACAGCUGCCAGCGCUACCAGGAGAUCACCCAGGCAGUGUGCGCCUUCCUCCGCCAGCUGGGCAAGAACCCAGCAACUGUGGCUUUUCUCCCCAUCUCGGGCUUGCAUGGGGACAACCUGCUGGAACCCAGCUCCAGAAUGCCCUGGUUCCGAGGCUGGGCAGGCACUAGGAAGCGGGGUGGUACCAUGGCCACCAGCCUGCAGCAGGUCCUGGAUUCUCUUGUCCCUGGGCGGCCCCAGCAGGACUCCAACUACACACGUGGAGUGUGGUCGGAGGCGGAGAUGAGGAGCCUGCUCUCAGUCUGGAAGGACAUAGCAGGCCAGGUGGCACACGGCGUGCCACUGGCCCGGGAGAUGUCCCUGGAGCUCACGAGAGCGGGAGUCAGGCGAUCGCCACAGCAGUGCCGUGUGAAGGCCAAUGCCAUGAUGAAGCAAUACUUCCACUGCCAGAUCGGGGUGGGGCGGGGCCGCUGCCCGUUCUACCAGGAGCUGCACGCGAUCCUUGGGGGUGAGGUCACCAAGCUGAUGUAUGACUUGGAACAUCCCUGUGAGUGCAGCGCCGGCUCGAUGGACCUGGACAGCGCCAGCUCGACGGACCUGGACAGCACCGGCUCUCUCACGGAAGAGGAGUCUGACAGUGGGGAAGCAGAAGACCUGGAGAUGUUUCUAGCAGGCCUGGAGGGUGACCCUGUGAGAAUGAGCAGCACCCCCGUGCCCUGCUUAGAGGCGCCCCCGACCCUCCCAGCCUCCCCUGACGGUACCACGUCAGCCGGCCUGAAGAGGAAGGACCCGGAGCGCCCCGUCCUGUGGCUGCCGAAGAAGCCGCGAGGGGAAGCCCUUCACGCUGGCACGCAGCCGCUGGCGCCGUCCCAGGGGAGGGAGGGGCCAGGCGGUUACCUUGAUACCGCACUAAACUGGCCAAAGCAGAUCCUGGAGACCCAGUGCCCGCUUGCUUCCACCCCGCCUGUGCAGCCCUCCCACCCCCAGCUGGCCCCACCCGCCCUGCUCCUGUCCCAGCCAGCACGGCCCCAGCAGGUGCUUUCAUUGCAUUGCCUGCAGGCCCCACCUCGCUGGUGCCCCACUGAGCCUGUGCCUCAGCCGCAGGCCCCACCCCUCCAGCUCCCAUCCCUGCCCCUGCAGCCCUGGCACACCCCUCCGCUGCAGCCCCCGUCUCUCUGGCUUCCAUCCUCCCCCACCCACUGGCCGCAGCCCCCUCCGCUGCGCCACCAGUGCGCCCUCCUGCUCCCAGCCUGGCCAAGGCAGCACUGGCAGGCCCCACCUCGGCAGCUGCCCCCCCAGUCAGAGCAGCGCCAGCAGGCCCUUCCCGUGCAUCCCAAGUACCCGCGGCUGCUCCCAGUCCCGUCCCAGCCACCCGCUCCGCUGCAGCAGCUGCCGGCCUCCCCUCUCCAGUAUCCGUCCCCUCCGCAGCCCUGCCAGCUGGCCCUGUCUCCCCAGCACCCCCAGCCCAGGCCUGCCUCCCCGCCAUCCCUUCUCGACAGCCGCCCCUUGCUGCAGGCUCUCUGCUGGUCCCUCGCUACCACGGCCCUGGCCUGAGGGCUCGGGUGCCGGCCGCAGGCUGUAAUUCAGCCUCGUGCCAGGGCAUUGCCCACCACAGGCGGCCAGGGGCCGUGCCUUGCAUCCCUCCAGUCCUGCUCGGCCCCCUGGGCUUUAGGUGCAGCAGCGUCCCUGGCCCUGGAGGCUCUUGUGGGGGAAAGGGGCUCUUGGAGCUGGCGCCGGGCUGGGCCGGGGUACUCUGCGCUGGCGAAACCGGACAGCCGCGGCUUAGGCCUGCAGGUCGGCGGCUUCCCGCUGUGCUUUGUGGUGGUGAGUGACAAUAAAGUGUUUCCCGCA